AUGCUGAGGGGAAACCAAACCAGCGUCUCGGAAUUCCUCCUCCUGGGACUCUCUGAUUGGGCAGAGCAGCAGCAGCUCCUUUUCGUGCUGUUCCUCUCGAUGUACCUGCUCGGGAUCCUGGGAAGCCUGUUUGUUGUCCUGGCCAUCGGCUCUGACCCGCACCUGCACACCCCCAUGUAUUUCUUCCUCAUCAACCUCUCCCUGGUCGACGUCUGCUUCCUGUCCACCACGGUCCCCAAGGUGCUGGCCAAUGUCCAGACCCACAGCAAAUCCAUUUCCUACUCUGGCUGCCUGACACAAAUGUAUUUUUUCAUCCUGUUUAUAAGUCUGGACAAUUUUCUCCUCACAGGGAUGGCUUAUGACCGUUACGUGGCCAUAUGCCACCCUCUGCACUACACCACCAUCAUGAGCCCACGACUCUGUGCCCAGACGAUUGUGGUGUCCUGGAGCAUCGGCAGUCUUGAUGCCCUCUUACAUAUCUUAAUGUACCACAGGACUGUGAGCCCGGGAAACCAAACCAGCGUCUCGGAAUUCCUCCUCCUGGGACUCUCCGACCGGGCAGAGCAGCAGCAGCUCCUCUCCGUGCUCUUCCUCUGGAUGUACCUGCUUGGGGUCCUGGGAAGCCUGUUCAUCAUCCUGGCCAUCGGCUCUGACCCACACCUGCACACCCCCAUGUACUUCUUCCUCUCCAACCUCUCCCUGGUCGAUGUCUGCUUACUGUCCACCACGGUCCCCAAGGUGCUGGCCAAUGUUCAGACCCACAGCAAAUCCAUUUCCUACACUGGCUGCCUGGCACAAAUGUAUUUUUUCAUCCUGUUUAUAAGUCUGGACAAUUUUCUCCUCACAGGAAUGGCUUACGACCGUUACGUGGCCAUAUGCCACCCUCUCCACUACACCACCAUCAUGAGCCCACGACUCUGUGCCCAGAUGAUUGUCGUGUCCUGGCUGUCCGUGGUCUCCUUGUUCUAUGGCACUGGUUUUGGGGUCUACUUCAGCCCCAGAUCUACCCAAGCAUCCCGGCAGGGCUCGAUAGCAUCUGUGAUGUACAUGGUGGUCACCCCCAUGCUGAAUCCCUUCAUCUACAGCCUGAGGAACAAGGACAUGAAACGGGCCCUGAGGAAUUGCAUCGGUAGAGUUUAUUCCUGA